AUGACUGGCAACAAGCUCAGCGAAGGAGCCAAAGGCACCAUCAAGACACAUAUCACUCACCUGCCUUCAUUUGGCACUGUUGCAACAGUUACAAUUUCACGGCCAGAUAAACUCAAUGCCCUCAACAGUCACCUCCUUGUGGCCCUUCCGACCACACUCCUGCACAUAACAGACACAAACGCCAAUCUCCUCGCUAUUGUUCUCACAGGAGAAGGUUCCAAAGCUUUCGUUGGCGGUGCCGAUAUCGCGGAAAUGUCAGCGCUUUCCAGCCCCGCUGAAGCACGCGCUUUCAUCACGCGAGUCCAUGAAGCUUGUCAAAGCAUCCGCGACUGUCCCGUACCAGUGAUCGCGCGCGUCAACGGAAUAGCCCUAGGGGCAGGGUUAGAAAUCGUUGCAUCUUGUGAUAUUCGAAUCGCCAGUUCGACAGCGGUGUUGGGAAUGCCUGAGGUGCGAAUGGGGGUCCCGAGCGUCGUAGAGGCUGCAUUGCUUCCUGGUCUGAUUGGAUGGGGCCGAACACGACAACUUCUACUCCUUGGGGACACGAUCAGUGCCAACGAGGCACUGCAAUGGGGCCUUGUCGAGAAGGUUGUGGAGCCCGACACGAUAGAUCAGGCUAUAACGAAAUGGGUGGGGAGUCUCGAGCACAAUGGCCCUGAGUCUGUGAAGAACCAGAAGUUGUUAAUGAGAAAAUGGGAGCAACUGGGCAUUGAUGCAGCAAUCGAGGCUGGCAUUGACCACUUUGGAAGGGCGUUUGAAUCGCCUUUUAGGGCUGAGGCUGGAGCAACGACUCCUGAGCCCGAGCCAGUCCGAAUGAUGGGAGAUUUUCUAAGAAGACAGGCUGAGAAACGGAUUAAUAAGCUGUAA